AUGAUGCGUAAUCUAUGGAAUCAAGCUUACGAAACAUCCAAUGGCAUCAAGGUCGAAAACGCUGGCUACUUGAAGAGAAUUCUUGUGCCAAAACAGGAAUCCACCGAUGGCCAGGUGAUUGAUGAGCACGAAGAGUUGGUGUUAGUGCAGACAGGCUUAUACUCCUACCCGGAUCCGGAAGGAAACCUCAUCACCCUGCGCUACGUGGCCGAUGAGAAUGGCUUCCAGCCAGAAGGUGAACACUUGCCAUUACCGCCAGCAUAAAACCAGGAAGUAUCUGCAUAAAAAACUUAAAUGAAUGAGUUCAUUAUUUGCUGCAAAAUAUAAGUAAAUAAAAAGCUCAAAGAAAAGAGAAAUGAAAAACCGAUUAAGUUGUAUGCGCUAAGUAUUACAUUUAACUAAGUUAAUAAGUUGCGAAAUGGUUAAUAAACCAUAAGUCAAUAGUUGUAUAAAUUUAAGUAAUUA